UGCAGCGCAGGCGAAGCGGGCUGGCGCCUGUCUCACCUUGGGCAGCGCGAAUGGAGCAGCGGUGAGAGCCGCCGCAGCAUCGGCAGGUGGAGCCGCAGGGAGCGGUGCUGCUGCUGUUGCCGCUGCCGCCGACGGGCGCCAGGUGCAUUGCCUUGCCCCCUUGCAGUGUGUGCCCAGGUGCCUGGCAUCAUUGAUGGGAAAUCAAAUCGACCGGAUCACCCACCUGAACUACAGCGAGCUCCCCACGGGCGAUCCCUCUGGCAUCGAGAAGGACGAGCUGAGGGUGGGGGUGGCCUACUUCUUCUCAGAUGAUGAGGAUGAGCUGGACGAGCGGGCGCCCCAGCCUGAGAGGACAUGGAGGGAGCCGAGCCCAACCCGCGAUGGGGGGGCAGCGGUACUUCUGCUGGGCGAGCUGGAGUAUUCGGCUUUCUGCUGCCACGAGUGCAUCUUCUCCAAACUGGGCGGCAGCCAGGACCUCAGCGCCUACCCAGUGAGCGCGCUGCUGCCCAGGUGCCGAGCGGGUGACCUCCUAGAGUUGGCAUGUGGCGGUGGGCAGCCAGCUCACUGGGUGGUGUACGUGGGCGCUGGCUGUGUCAUCCACCUGCAGGGACAGGAGAUCCGUGAGGAACACCUGGCGCAGGUGAGCGGAGGGCGCCUGGCCCGCAUCGUCAACAGCUGGUACCGCUACCGGGCGCUCCCGGCCGAGCUGGUGGUGCAGAACGCGCGGGGCCACGUUGGCCUUCGAGGGCACGAGGUGUGCUGGACCAACUCGGAGAGCUUCGCUGCCUGGUGCCGGUUCGGCAAGCGUGAGUUCAAGGCGGGCGGGGAGUCCCGGGGUGCAGGAGGGCAGGAAGGCCGCUACCUGCUCAAGCUGCACCUGCCUGAUAGUAGGGUGCACACUCUCAACUUCCCCAGCCUGGAGGACCUGAUCAGAGAGAAGCGGCGCCAGGAUGCUGGCGGCAGAGUGGGAGUGCUGAAGGAGCUGUCGGUGCUGAACCAAAAAUAGCCACCUUCCCCUCCCCUCUGGCAGGAAGAAGGCGACAUAAAGCUUUAUGCAAAAGGAAGGAGGGAAACGUGGGCACAAGGCAACAUGAUGGGGUCGGAUGUUCCUGGCACGGACUGGUCCGCAGUGAGGGGCUGCGCCUGUCCCCAUCCGCCUCCCUCAAAGUAGAGGAUGUGGUCGCAGUGCCUGCUGACAAGUCGGAUGUGGGGGAUUAUUUUCUUCAGUGACUUACCUUCAUUGCCAAAAUGCUGAAGACAAUUGAGGUGUGAACUUGACAUGUGCAUUUUUCUAUCUGUCUCUGCUCACUUGGUCAUUUUGUGCCAGUUUUUAUAUCAUGGCUUUGUCCUGGACAUUUAGAUUUUCCAACCCAGAGCUACUUUUAUUGUCCUGGGGGUGACCUGUGUUGAGGAGCUAUUUUCUUUUUUUGUUUGAUGUCCUGACAUUAAAUUGCUUUUUGUUUGUGUGUGUCUGCGUGUGGGAAUGGGGGCGGAUGUGGUGAAUUGCAACUUGAGUGUUAGAACUAUUAAAUACAAGGAUUAGUUUGAAGAAUUUACCCCUUCCUUAUUUAUUGAAGGCACAGUAAUGAGAUGGAAUAAACAAUAUUCAUUUCUAUUUUAUCAUUUAGAAAAAAGUUCCCAAUUAACCUGUGUAUUUGUUUGAAAGUGCUCUCUAGCCUUGGAGAUGGUCUGUCACUCAGAUCUUCUUUCACAAUUUGCAAAGCAAGUUUGAAUUAAUUGAAUGUUCUAUAGUACCUUAGCAUUUUGAGCAAACUCAAGGGCCAUACAUGCCAUUCCUGCCGUGUUUCCUAUGUUCCUUCUGUGACCAUUUCAGAAACAGAGCAGCACUGGUCACAGAAAUCUUGUGCUGUGAAAAUUUCUGCUUAGGUUAUGGAGAACUCUAUUUCCAAUUUCUCAUGAAAGCAAUAGUGAAAGCCCUACUCCAUCAAUGGAUUGCAGGAAUAGAAAGGGCAUUUUGUUUUGGGAAUAUACAGAAAUUAAUGUAAGAAGUGUGUGUGUGUGUGUGUGUGUGUGUGUAUCUUGUUUCCUUUUGUAUUUUCAUAUUGUUUUCACCUGGAAUUGGGACAGCACAUACUAAAUCUAAUUAUUAUCCCUUAGAAAUACUGGUCUUCAUUAACUGACCAGGAGUCACUUCUGCAAAACUUUGACUGCUUGGUGUAGGCAGUAGAAUGUUGAAGGUGAUUAUGUUAGAAUUGGAAAGUUGCAUUAGAAAUUUAAAAAAUUAUUUCGUUAUUGGAAAUUCUGGGAUUUAAUAGCUUUAAAUGUAGCCACUACCAUGUUUAUUUUUACUUUUUGUUUUAGAAUUAUUUUGUUAUAUUUGAAGGUGCAAUAUUAUCAUUGCUGUCACCAUUGUGCUGUUACAGUCAAUUGUAAUAUGGCCAUAAGCUGUUUUGUUUGGUCAAUCUUCAUAUACAAUGUGAUUUAGACCAACUGCCAGAUGAAAUAGUGACGAAUAACCCAUGUCUUGUGAAAGAGCAGAGCUUCCUAUCUUCUUGCACUUAGUAAGUGCACUAAAUGCAGGGUAGACACUUGCAUUUCUCUCUGGUUAUUUUAUUUGUGCAGGAAAACUUGAAAUGUGAUAAAUUUCCCAUUCAAAUUGUUGCCAAAUUGUAAAAGAGCUGUCAAUCACUAUUUUCUGCACCAUUGGAUAUUGAGCACAUGACCAAAAUGUCAGCAGACUAUUGCUUUUUACUCCAAUUUGAUUAAAUCAUUUGCCAUGAUGAGAGAUCCAGACCCAAUGUUAACUGAACCACUGUCCCCUGCAGUGCAAAGCCAAAACAAAAUUAAAGUUACAUUAUGGGCUAGAUUGUUUUCCCCUCUGUGAAAGAAUUUUAAAGGAAGAUUGAAACAGGAAUAAGAUAUUGUUUUCAAACCCUUUGUUUGAAGAAUAUAGUUGAUGUCUGACAGUGAAUAGGUCCAGACUUCUGAACAUUCUUAAAUUUUUAACAAUUGGGACUACUGAAAAAUAGUGGGUAGGGGUGUGUAAUUGAUUAUCUGUGACAUUGCCCAAGACUAAACCCUUGCUAAAAUAGCUGCAGCAGACCACUGUAAUCUCAUUUAAGUAUUAGCCAGAUAAUGUAUUUUCUAACUUUUGUAGCUUGUGUUAAAAGGAUUAAUAAAUUAAUCAAUAAUUUUAUUUUGAUGCUUGAUUCUAAUCAAUGAUCAUAAAAGAUAUAUUUUUAAAAGAAUGGGAGGUUGAAUAGAACAAGUCAUAAGGGUUCUUUAAUAAUUUCUCUCUUCAUGCAAGCAAUGGUGAGCAUUUCCAUUUUUGGGUUAAAUAGUAUUAACACUAGACAAGCAGGCAGUGCCAACAAAGCUGUGAUAACAAAAGCUGACUUUUUGCCAAGUGAUAAAUAUAGGACCAAAAUACAUAAAUAAUACUCACAAAGAUAGCUUACAAAUUGAUUGGGAAAACGAAAUUCGAAAUUGAUAGCUUUAGGCUUUUUUUAGAUCUAUUAAAAAGACUUGAUCACUUAAAUUGAUCACAUCAUUUGUUGUUAUCUUUUCCUGGCCUGACUGAAUACUUGAACGACAAAUUUCUCAGCAAGAUUUGACAUCUGCAGUUAUCUUGGAAACAUACAAGCCCAACAGUGGAAGCUUUACAUUUACUUAAAAUGUAUAGGCAUUUUUUUCCUUUAAAGGCAGCUUAAACAUCAGCUUUAAUAGCAGAAUAGAUGACAGAUUUUAACAGUAUAUUAAAAGUGGAGAACAAAGAGCUGGCACCCUAUUAAGCCACUAGUCCACAUGCCCUGAAAUAAUGUAACCAGAUUGUCUAAUUAUUGUUGAUAUUUCCAUAGUAAAUGAAAUAGAAACAAUUUUCUUUCUCAAAUUGGCUUAGUUAUUCUUGAUUAAUCUCAUUUACACUCGGCAAAAAGCCCAAAGCUUCCUGGAAUCUGCCUUUUCUCGCCUUAUGUACGGGUAUGAGUUAAACAAUAGAGGUCUUGUUAUUUAAAGAGAGCAUCACAUAAUAAAUUCUGCAU